CGUCUUGAGCACGAACAGAGAGCGAGAGAGAGGAGGGCGUGAGGGAAGGGAACUAGGGAAGGAGGUGGGAGGGAGAAGGGAGGAGAGAGAGAGCGGUUCAACGACGGAAGACGGCUACCAUGGCUGCCGUAGAUCCUGAGAUUCGGACGGUUCUUCUCACGAGGAUCCCGAGAUGGGUGCGGCAGAAUCCGGACACAGAGUUCGUCGUCGGCGGGAUCUCAAGGUCUAUCGAGAUGACCAUAGCCCCGACAGUCGCCAUAUCUUACCCCCCCCAUGGGUUUGACGACAUACGGGUUGAAUUCUUGAGCCACGAUUCUGCACGAGAGGCCAUGCGCUUCUACAAUGCAAAGGAGAACAAGUCCGAAGGGUUCACCCUCGGAUGGAGCGCCUACAACAUAAAACCUUCAGGCAACUCCCAUCCGAAUCCAACCCGCUGCCCCGUUCGUUAUCGGUUUCCGGAAAGAGAUAUUCAAGCCGUUGCACGGCCAAAUGAACACAUACCUCCUGAACCGGUGCAUCCUAUGGACCCCUAUUGGUUUUGCCGGUACAAUCCAUAUCAACGGGAGAUCGGAAGACAAGUUCACUACAUGUGGUCACCACCCGUCCCGCCACCUCAGACCUUCAUGUGGGUGCCGCCACCUCAGGCCUACAUGUGGGUACCGCAGCCACACCAUCAGGGUCCGCUCUCAGCGCUGCACCCACAGCAGAUGGGCCCACCGCGAGCACCACGGCCACACCAGCAGGGUCUGCAGCCGCUUCCGCAGCAGCAGGGUCUGCAGCCAGCACCCCAAAACCCCAACUGGCAGCAACAUCAGCAGGGUCACCAGCCGGUUCUGCAGCAGCAGCCGCAGCUACAGCAGCAGGGUCUGCAGCCAGCACCCCAAAACCCCAACUGGCAGCAACAUCAGCAGGGUCACCAGCCGGUUAUGCAGCACUGGCAGCAACACCAGCAGGGUCACCAGCCGGUUCUGCAGCAGCAGCCGCAGCUACAGCAGCAGGGUCUGCAGUCAGCACCCCAAAACCCCAACUGGCAGCAACAUCAGCAGGGUCACCAGCCGGUUCUGCAGCAGUUUCGGCAGCUACAUCAGCAGGGUCUGCAGCAAGCACCCCAAAACCCCAACUUGCAGCUACCCCCCCCCUGGCAGCAACAUCAUCAGGGUCACCGGCCGGUUCUGCAGCAGCCACAACAGCUACACCAGCAGCAUCAUUAUGCAACACAUCCACUCCAGCAGCAUCAUCAGGCGCCGGUGCUGUACCAGCGUCCGCAGGGUCCUUGACCAAUUUCAAAUUGGUGGCCAGUUGAGAUUAUUUUUUUACCACUCGAGAAAAGUCCUUUGAGCCGGUUCUCGCCUCUGAGGUUUUAACUCUGCUCUGAUUGCUGACUCAUGUAGCCGGAGUUCGUGUUAAGUUGGCUUUUUUUUUUUUACCUGGUAAGCCCAUAGCCUCAUUUUUUGUUGGCUUGGCAUUUUUGUUACCUGCUAAGAGAUGGUGGUCUAGAAUUUAACUCGUGGCGCCUUGUUCUAUCAUGGUUUUGAACUUGUGGGCUUAGCAAAAUAGAAAACUUGUGCCUGUAAUCUCCUGGUUUUACCCCUGGUUUGGGAUUGGUGGAUCCUUUUUGGUAUAGAUGGUUAUAUGUAUCUAGUCUACUUCUAA